AUGCCGUAUUAUUUUUUUCUCUGCGGCUCUCGGCAAAGGAUAUUCUCAGAAAAAAUAAAAUCCCCUUAUCUCCACCAGUGGCCCAACCAGACGCCAACCCUAACACCCGUGGCCCAACCAGACGCCCCACACCGCUGCUCCCGCCGCCGACGCCCGCACGCCGCCGAAGCCCCCGCGCCGCCACCGCCGUCCAGAUCCCCCGGCCCCGCCCCUGUCCCGCCCCUCCCCGGCCCCGUGCGCCACCGCCACCGCCGCCCCUCCCCGGCCCCGUGCGCCGCCGCCGCUCCUUCCCUGGGCCCUCGCACAGCCAAAGGGCGUCGGCGAGAGGACAAGACCAUGGAUGCUCCGCUCUCUGGGUCAGGUUCUCGCCGAGUUGCAGCACACUUCCGUAGCAGAUUCAGAUGGCAAAUAACCGUAGUGGUCACUCAGAUUCAGAUGGAAAUGGGCUUAUCUCUAUUUACAGCUGGAGAGGCAACAUUUCGGUGGAAUGUUGGUCUUUUGGCAAAGGGCGACGUAAUGAUCCGUGGAUAGGCUGUUCAAGUUGUAACUGCUCUUCGGCCUGAUGGGAAUACUCAUCUACUAGUAGUAGUUUGUAAGAACUCUUCUAUGCAGUCUCCAACUUGCAGAGUGGAUUGGCUACUGUUGCAAACCAUUGUACUCCUACCAUGCUGUUGUUGCAGCAAUCUUGCUUGCAACUCGGUGCUCUAUGGUUUCCCAAGGGCAAAACAAUGUGGGUUCCAUCUAUCUUUCAGCUGUCUGUAACAUAUACUAAUUCUUUUUUAAUUCAACUCUUCCUUUUUACCCCCUCCAAAAA